GGCCCGCCCGUCAGUCAGUCAGGCAGGCAGUCGGUCCGAGCUGCUGGCUGCUCUUCGGCUCUACCGAGCGGCGGUCUCCCUCUUCCCUCCUGGCCAGCGGCGGCGGCUGCAGCGGCGGCGGCGCGGUCCCCCGGGAGGCGCGGCGUGGGCCGAGCAGCGGCCGCGGAGCGUCGAGCCCAGCGCGGCGGCUGCGGCGGCCCGGCAGCCAACAUGGCGGCGGCGGCGGCGGGCGCGGGCCCCGAGAUGGUCCGCGGGCAGGUGUUCGACGUGGGGCCGCGCUACACCAACCUCUCGUACAUCGGCGAGGGCGCCUACGGCAUGGUGUGCUCUGCUUAUGAUAAUGUCAACAAAGUUCGAGUAGCUAUCAAGAAAAUCAGCCCUUUUGAGCACCAGACCUACUGCCAGAGAACCCUGAGGGAGAUAAAAAUCUUACUGCGCUUCAGACAUGAGAACAUCAUUGGAAUCAAUGAUAUUAUUCGAGCACCAACCAUCGAGCAGAUGAAAGAUGUAUAUAUAGUACAAGACCUCAUGGAAACAGAUCUCUACAAGCUCUUGAAGACGCAACACCUCAGCAACGACCAUAUCUGCUAUUUUCUUUACCAGAUCCUCAGAGGGUUAAAAUAUAUCCAUUCAGCUAACGUGCUGCACCGUGACCUCAAACCUUCCAACCUGCUGCUCAACACCACCUGCGAUCUCAAGAUCUGUGACUUUGGCUUGGCCCGUGUUGCAGAUCCAGACCAUGAUCACACAGGGUUCCUGACGGAGUAUGUUGCCACACGUUGGUACAGGGCUCCGGAAAUUAUGUUGAAUUCCAAGGGCUACACCAAGUCCAUUGAUAUUUGGUCUGUAGGCUGCAUCCUGGCAGAGAUGCUCUCCAACAGGCCCAUCUUCCCGGGGAAGCAUUACCUCGACCAGCUGAACCACAUUCUGGGUAUUCUUGGAUCCCCAUCCCAGGAAGACCUGAAUUGUAUAAUAAAUUUAAAAGCUAGAAACUAUUUGCUUUCUCUUCCGCACAAAAAUAAGGUGCCAUGGAACAGGCUGUUCCCAAAUGCUGACUCCAAAGCUCUGGAUUUACUGGACAAGAUGUUGACGUUCAACCCUCAUAAGAGGAUUGAGGUGGAACAGGCUCUGGCCCACCCGUACCUGGAGCAGUACUACGACCCAAGUGACGAGCCCAUCGCCGAAGCACCGUUCAAGUUUGACAUGGAAUUGGAUGACUUGCCCAAGGAAAAGCUCAAAGAACUCAUUUUUGAAGAGACCGCUAGAUUCCAGCCAGGAUACAGAUCUUAAAUUUCUCAGGACACGGGCUCCGAGGACGGGCCACGCGCAGGCAUCGCUGUUCUUCCUCCCAGCUCCUGACCCCGGGCCCGUCUCCAGCCUGUCUCGGCGUGUCCACCUGACUCCUUUGAGCCGUUCGGAGGGGCAGUUUCUGGUAGUUGUGGCUUUUAUGCUUUCAAAGAAUUCCUUCAGUCCAGAGAACUGUUCCUGGCACCCCUGUGUGUGUCGCCCUCCGGUGACCUGUGGCAGUACGUACUUCAGGGCACCUACUGCUCACCUUGCUUUAGUCACUAAUCGCUUUCUGGUUUGAAAGAUGCUGUGGUUCCACCCUCCCUAGUUCUCCCUCCCGAUGCCCUGCUGACUCCGCCUGCCCUGCUGACUCCGCCCUCACCGUCGGUCACUGCGUCUCACCUUUCGGGAGGGCGGCGGCUCCUCGGGCACUUUAAGGCAGUGACGGCCCCUCUUUGCACUCCUCUCCCACCCUGCCGGGGCCCCUGCAGCUCGUGCUCCCGCCCCUGGACCCUGUGGGUGCUCGUCAGCACCUCUCCUCGUGUCAUGUUAAUCCCUAGCAGAUGUGAGGUAUAUGUACUGCUUGCCCAGCUUUUAGAAAAUUCAGUCCUUUUUCUAAAUAAAAGGAAGAAGUCCUGCAUCGGGCAGUUCCACCUGUACCAUUUACAGGGGCACAACACUUGCCAAAAUGUGUUAUAUGCAAUUCUGGGUGUUUGUAAGACUUAUGCAAAAGGAUGUAAAGUGGCAGCUUCUCUCGGGAUUUGGUGAGAGGUGCGCGAGGUCAUGCAGGCUGCCCAGGUGGCGUGGGGCUGAGCUCCACGCCCAGUGGGCACAGGUGCCACAGGCGCUGUGGCCAUGCUCGACGCCUGAGGGUCUAGCGGAGAGGAACACUGCAUCUUUCAAUGAGAAAGUGUACACUUCCUUUUCCUCCUACAGCAUGUCAGCAUCUCAAGUUCAUUUUCAACCUACGAUAUAACAGUUUGUAAUAAAGCCUCCGUGAGCUCAUGACUGGAGCACUGUUCUGUCGUCAAGUGCUCGCUCACGUCUCUGAUGUCACCGAGCUCAGGCCGUCAGGAGCAGCUAGCACUAGGUUCUGCGUGCGUGGAGCCCUAGCCCCUGCCCUCCUGAGCCCUCUAGUGUUUGUUCCCGCCGCCGCACCCUGUGGUGUGGACUCGGUGUUCUGUCCCAGUGCGGUGCCUCCUCUUGACUCCCCCACUGCUCUCUGUGGUGAGAAAUCUGCCUUGUUCAGUAAUUACUGUACCCUCGCAUGACUGUUACAGCUUUCUGUGCGGAGAUGACUGUCCAAGUGCCACAUGCCUAUGAUUGAAACAAAAAAUCUAUUGUUACCUCUGAGUUGUGUUCCACGGAAAAUGCUAUCCAGCAGAUCACUUAGGAAAAAUAAUUCUAUUUUUAGCUUUUCAUUUCUCAGCUGUCCUUUUUUUCUUGUUUGAUUUUUGACAGCAAUGGAGAAUGGGUUAUAUAAAGACUGCCUGCUAAUAUGAACAGCAAUGCACUUGUAAUUCAUGAAAAUAAAUGUACAUCUUCUAUCUUCA